CUUCGAAAAUCUUAGAAACUCCAAUCGAAAGACCCCUCACCACUCCCAUCACCGCAAACAUGCCUCACACCAUCAACGUCUCCCUCCAAGACGGCGCCGACGCCAGCAAGUUGGAAGCGGCCAAGAAGACCGUCACCGACCAGGGCGGCAAGAUCAUCAAGGAGUUCAAGUUGGUCAAGGGAUUCACUGCCGAACUCCCCGACGACAAAGUCUCCGCCCUCUCCUCCGACGAGCACAUCAACGUCGAGGCCGACAAGCAGAUUUCGGUGUGAAUGGAUCGCGGACGGCGAUGAGGAAUGGUUGAACGGGUGUCGGU